AUGGAUUACCCUCCAAGACUUUACCCUGAAGGGUCUUCUAACCUGGAAAAAAAAGAUAUUAAUCACAAUUUCCGUCUAGGAAAUUUCCCCCACAUUAGAGAAACAAUUGAACUUGAUGUGUGGAAAGAACUGGUGAACUCUCCCAUUGGAGUAGUUGCUAGGCUAGCUGGACGCGAAAGCAUAUGGUCUGGUAGGACCGUACACUAUCUACUAUGUAGACAGCUGCGAGUACAUAAGAAGGAGAUAUGGUGUCUCGUGGUUGAUGAGGCUAUCAGGUUUAGCUUGCUCGAGUUUGGUGAGAUCACUAAGUUAAACACAGAUCCAUUGCCAACAGAAAGUUUUGAACCUGAUCAAUACAAAGAGUUUUGGGAGGAGUUGAAGGUGCUGCUUGGGAUGGGACCCAAGUUAGAUGAACUGAAGGAAGCAUUAGCGUUCUGUCCGCUUUGGAGUUUUGAAAAGUGUAAGUGGUUGGGGCUGCUACUUCUUCAAGCCAUGGGAGUCUAUUGUUUGCAUCACAAUUCAAGGAUACCUUUUGAAAGUGCAAUAAGGGUAUUCGACGAUGAAGCCAUUAGGUCGUAUCCAUGGGGUCGGACUGCAUACAAAGUUCUCAUUGACUCUAUUAAAAUGUUGGCUCCAGAAGGAGGGUCAUACACAAUAAGCGGCAUGACCGUCGCGUUAUUGAUUUGGACGUAUGAAUCCGUCGCCUGCUUCGGUGAGAAAUUUGAGAGGGUGGUGAAUAAUGAAGAUGUUUCGCUUUUGCGAUGGGGUGGAAAGCGUACACGUGCAAGUUUUGAUAACUUGUUGGUUGCCGAAAUCAAAGAGCAUGGCGAGGUGCGUGUGAGGAGAAUGGUUUUGAAGGACUCAAUUGAAGAGAUGUUUCCUAAAUGGUCGGGUGAACCUGACGACCCACAACUCGUCAGCUUGAUAACAGACAUACAUGCAGGUAGAUUUGUGAAAGGUUUCUUGGAAGUGCAGGGGAAUACGCAGGGUAAUGCGCAGGGGAAGGGGAAUGAGAAGAAGAAGAAAAUGAAGGGUGGAGUUUCGUCAGAAGCUGAGCUACCCACUAAGAAGCAGAAAAAAAUUAAGACACAGAAUGAGUCUGAAGCUGCUGCAGCGGGAAAGGGUUUUAGCGAGAAGGAAGGUAGCAAAGAUUUGGAGUUGGAGAACAAAGCGACUCUGACGACCAUUGUGGGUACUCUGGAUAAUAUUUCCAGAAAAUUUGAUCAGUUUGACUCACGGUUGGAAGCUUACGAGUUAGACCGUAACAGACCAUUAAUGGACCAAAAGACCAUUGAUGACAGGGUGAAAGCUUUACUGGAGGAGCAUCUGAAAUUUCUAGGAGUUGGGAAAAUUCCCGAAAACAAUGAUAACCCCUCUCCACCAUCAGCAGAUAAAUCUUUAUCGUUGGCAUCAGCGCGGGUUCAAACGCAGCAGAACUCUGUCAAUAGUCCAGCGUUAGCUGCGACUCCUGGUAAGGUUUUUGGACCGAAAAAGAAUUUGGCGAAGGAGCUUGAUAAGGAAUCAGGGGUGAAAAGGACUUUGGCUGAGGAGUUUGGUAGUGUCGCUAAAGCUACUGAUCAUGAUAGUCAACAUCUUGAUUUCGUAGUAAUUUCUCUUGUAAAGGCUACUAAGGAUGAUAAGGAUGCUAAGGUUCCAGCCUAUGGACGCGGCUGCAGGGGCAAGCGUACUGUUAAGGAUGAGGAUGCCGCUGAUAAGAAAAAAGCAGAGCAGGUAGAUGCUGCGUUGAAGAGGAAGGAGAAGGCUGAGGCUAAGAAAAAAGAGGCUCAGACUAAGAAAAAAGAGGCUCAGACAUCCAAAAAAGAGGCUGAGUCAAAGAAGAAAAAUGUGACUCCACCGCGUGCCGGUGUACAAAAACCUGGAGAGGAUAAUGUAUUUGCUGAUGUGACUGACGAAGUUGUUGGGGAAGAGAACGAAUUUGCUGACAUCGAGAGAUCUGAAGUGGUUGAAUCUGCCGUAAUUAAGAAAUAUCGGAAGAAAAGUGUUCAGUUUUCUCCAAAAGGGUUUUCAAUGACGGCAGUUUCUUCACCAGCAGUUUUUCUGUACGUAGGAGAGAAUGGAACGACGUGCAUGAGGAAGAAUGUUACUCCUUCGUCAGUAAUAUAUGACCCUCUAGCGCCUGUUGAUCUGGUGCUAUUCGAAAAACUGAUGCAACACAUUAAGGGAAUUCCACCCAAACCACCAGCACCAGCAGAUAAACCAGCAGUCCUCUCAGCUGAUCAUGAGGGUGACUUCUACAGCAUACUCAUCCAUGAAAGACCGUGGCCGGAAAAGGAAUAUGGAUGGGUGUUUGAUAAUCAUGUCGUUGCGUAUAUGAACGUCCUCAUUAAAAGGUCCAUGCGAAAUCCCACUCCAUUAGGGUCUAAGCGGAUUGCCUUCAUUGACGUUUGGUGGCAAAGUUUUUUGAUUCACGAUUUCACUCAGUUCAAGAUAAAACCUUGUAUGUUCAUGUUCAAAGGCAAUGGUUAUGAAGAUAUGUUAAAGGGUAAGCUUCCCGAUCACUGUCCAACAAACUUGAAGUGGUAUGAAGAUGUGGAUCACUUGUACGGAUGUCUUCAAACCGGCGGAAAUCACUGGGUUGCGUAUCAUGUGGAUCUGAAGAAAGAGAAGAUUGAUUGCUACGAUCCAAUCUUUGGAGAGGCAACACCCGAAAGUGAGCAGAGAAUUCUAAAUUCAUUUAAACCGCUGACGCACAUGAUUCCGUAUAUGUUGAAUGAUCAUAUUCCUGCCAAUAUCCGAGCCCCUAGUAAGAAGAAGUUCUCAUUCAGAAGGAGGAGCAAAAGAUACACUCCACAAAACACCCAGAUUGGCGAUUGUGGGGUGUAUUCGUGGAAGUUUGUGGAGUGUCUAACGCUUGGUGUAAUGUUUGAUGGGAUAAACUAUAAAAAUAUUCAAGGUUUACGGAUGAAGAUGGCAGCAGAUAUCCUCGAUGAAGGAGGAAAUACUGUGAUGAGCAAUUUGCUGGCUAAUUGA